GCUGAUCACAUGUAAACAGGGAAUUGCCGGUUAUCGGCAUUUCUCUCCCCACGAACUGUCAUGCUGAUAGCUCGUGAGGAGAGGAGAGGCGGUAAUUGGCAUUUCUCGGAGGAGACAUGUACACAGAUCAUCAGAGCACUGAUGAUCAACAUGUACACAGAUCAUCAGAGCACUGAUGAUCAGUGUGCCCUGAUGAUCUGUGUAGCCCCAGCAGCGCCACCUGUCAGUGUCCAUCAGUGCCAGCUCUCAGUGCUCAUUCAUGCCACCUGCCAGUGCCCAUCAGUGCCUCAUUUCAGUGCCCAUCUGAGCUGCCUUUCAGUGUCACCCAUCAGUGCCAGUUAGUGCACCUAUCAAUGCCAGUCAGUGCCACCUAUCAGUGCCGCCUAUUAGUGCCAGUCAGUGCCACCUAUCAGUGUGCAUCAGUGCCGCCUAUUAGUGCCCGUCAGCACUCAU